ACCAAGGAACGACGUUGUCCAAUGAUGACGUGACCACCAUCCCACUUCUUCUUCCCCACUCUCUCUGCUUUACCUCUCCUCCUUCCGUCCAAAACAUCCACCCCCCACACUUCCCAUCAAUCACUAUCUUCCUUCCCCCAACUUUUCGCCCACGGCCAGCCGCCAUCGUCUUGCACCGGCGUGAAAAUUUAUCGCUGACACUUCCCUUCACCGCCACCCGUCUCUCAUUUCAUCUCGCGCCAAACCCACCCACCAGGCCAUAUUCAUCUUCCCUGGGGGCACAAAUUCCAUUUUCACUCACCUCGUCAUCUCCCUAUAACCCCCGGACCAAAAAGAUGAUAAAUUUAUGAAAUGGUUAGUUAACCAUCACCAAUUUCUUCCCCAAAUUUGGCAUCUUUGCGCGGAAUUGCCUGACGGGUCGCUGUUGGAUUAAAAAAAAAAAUCGAUUUCGAGGUAGUGGGGUUCGGUAAUAAAACGAAUUGAUUGAACCCAGGAACUACCGGUGGUAGAAUCGGAAUCGGAGGUUCACAAUCGUUUGUGAAUGAUUCGUAAUUGGAGUAGGCAGAAUUUUGUCUAGUUUUGGAUUUUUUAGGUUCGUGUUUCUAAUUUUGGUGGUGGUUAAUUUGCCAUGGGGAAUGUGAAUGGGAGAGAGGAAGAUGGGGAAGGUGGAGGGGGAGGAGAUGAGGGGGAAGAAAGGAGGAACGGCGGUGGCGCCUUGGGUAGCUCCGGUGGUGGGGAUUCGCUUGACGAACAAGGACGGCGAGGUGGGCGCCGCGGGAGUGGGGUCAUGGUUGUUCCUCAUGUCAGCCACCAUGGCGGCGGCGUUUACCGGCCGCCGCAUCCACAAUUAAUGAGUCAUUCUCCUCCUCACAGUCCCAGAGCUAGCCACUCGCCUCUCAUGUUUACUCCACAGGUUCCAGUGUUGCCGUUGCAGAGGCCUGAUGAGGUUCAAUUACCAAACCAAAUGUGGAUGCAGAGUUCUGCUACUUACGAGGAACCGUUACAUGAGCAAGGGAUUCCAACCAUGAUUACUUGGAGCUACGGUGGUAAAGAUGUGGCCGUGGAAGGAUCAUGGGAUAAUUGGAAAGCAAGGUUGUGGAAAUUGGUAAUGCGGCUGCAGAAAGCUGGCAAGGACUUCACCAUAAUGAAGGUGCUGCCUUCCGGCGUUUACCAGUAUCGGUUUAUCGUGGAUGGGCAGUGGAGACAUGUCCCUGACUUGCCCUGGACCCAAGAUGAUGCUGGAAAUGCUUACAACAUAUUGGAUUUGCAGGACUAUGUUCCAGAAGACCUGGAAAGCAUAUCGAGCUUCGAACCUCCUCAGUCUCCAGAGGCGAGCUACAACAAUUCUCAAUUGGGAAAUGAAGAUUUUGCAAAGGAGCCACCACAUGUUCCACCGCACUUACAGAUGACUCUGCUCAACCUGCCAUCGACUUACAUGGAGAUCCCAUCGAGACCUCCACAUGUGGUGCUGAACCAUCUCUACAUGCAGAAGGGGAGGAACAGCCCUGCAGUCGUUGCACUUGGUUCCACUCAUCGGUUUGUGGCCAAGUAUGUCACCGUGGUGCUCUACAAAUCCUUGCAGAGGUAAAAAAAAACCAUACCUGGAGAGAUUUUACAGUCACCCUGUCAAAAACAUGUAGUUUUUACUAGUAUAUAUACGUAGUUGUUGUUCAAAGAGGAUGACAAAAACUUAUGCACAACUCUAAUAGCUCAGUUUAUAAAGUGAGCUUUAGGAAUAUGGAGAGGAUGUGGAGUCCUCCUUAGAUUUGUAGUCACCAUAAUGCAAACUGCUUCUUUUAUGACCCCUCCUAACCAAGCUUGGGUCUUUCUGCUUGAUUUUGUUCUUACUUUUCAAUUUUUGGUUGCCCAAAAGGGAACGGUAUAUUUGGGUUGUCCUGAAAGGAAUGAACUUUAGCUCAAAUUGAGUGUCCAUAUUGGCUUAUCUUGAAUGGAUCGAAGAGAUUGAGGGAGAUGGAUAGGGAUACCUUUGUUAAUUGCAGAAACAGUCACUGAACUUCGAGCUGAUGAACAUAUGUGUCAGUCGAUUGUUAGUAUAUGUUACUGAACGGGGUGAUUGUUACAUUUAUUAAUCCACAC